AUGUCAAAGAUACAGAAGAAGCCACCAAGCCCCCUCAUCCUUCCCCCUUCCUAUGCAAUGAUUACUCCCUCAGAAUCUUUCGACGAUCCUGCCCGCGGUGAAGUCACCUGGCAUACUCUCAUUAGCGCUCCGAAUACAGAAACCUCCGAUCUUAGCGUUGGGAUCGCAAGCUGCCCACCUAAGACAGGCCAGCUUUGUGCUCAUCGUCACGACCAAGCGGAAGUAUACCACAUUCUUGAAGGAGAAGGAGAGAUCACGAUCGACGGUAUCUCGACAGAUGUCAUUGCCGGUAGCACAGUCUUCAUCCCUGGAAAUGCAGAGCACAAAAUCGUGAAUCGAGGGAACGAAUGGCUACGGUGGUUCUAUGUUUUCGCCGAGGGGUCAUUUGAGAAUGUCAUUUAUCGAUUUUCGGGACAGAAUGGACAGGAGGGCCAGGCAUGA